AUGCACCAGCACCAGCAGAGGCAGCAGCAACAAAGCGUGCAGAAAUGGAGACCUACGUGCAGCAACGACAAACGUGCCAACAGCAGCAACAGCAACACCAGUAACAGGAAUAACAGCAGCAACAGCCACAGCAGCAGGAACAGCAGCAACAGCAGCAACAGCAGCAACAGUAGCAAGAGCAGCAAUGACAGCAGCAGCAACAACAGACACCUUAUCCGACCUCACCCGCUGAAACAGCAGGACCGAAGGCGAGCAGGUUCAUCUCUGCUGCCUCGAAAGCAGCAGCAACAGCAGCAGCAGCAGCAGCAGGACAACAAGCAGCUUAGGCUGCAGCUGACACAUGCCGGGCUGAUCUUACGCAGCCAGCAACAGCAACAGGAGCAGCAACAGCAGCAUCAGCAGAAGCGACCGCAACAACGAUAUUUGAAUUUCUCUUUGUCUCCUGACGAGGGCCGCAUGCACGGGGGGCCCCGGGGGGCCCUCUCACCUGCGGGCUGCAGCAGUUUUCUCCCUGUCCUUAUCUCCGAUAUAGAUAACUGCAGCAGCAGCAGUAGCAGCCUAAGCAGCAGCGGCAGCACCAGUAAUUUCUCUAGCUGCAGGCACCUUUGCAGCGACGCCAGAAGCAGCAACCACUGCCACACCAAUAGCAGCAAAAACAUGUACAGCAGUAGCAUUAGCAGCGGCAACAGCAGUGUUGGCAGCAGCAGUGUUUGCAGCAGCAGAAUGGGCGGCAGCAGCAUUAGCAGCAGCAGCAUUAGAAGCACCACAGCGGAGCCCAACGUUGUACCCUCCCCUAUACUUAGGGGCCUCUCUACCGGCUGUCACAGGGGGCCCCAAGAGGCCCCCUCAAGAUAUCCAAACGGGUAUAAAAGAGGUACUGUUGUAACUGCAGUUGAGGGGCCGCACACAUCACCUCUCGUAAGGCUUUCUUGGGCAGCAAACCCUCCUGUGGAGGACGCGGCUGGGCAGCAGCAGCAGCAACUGCAGCAGCAACAAGAGCAGAACACGCAACAGCAAACGCAGAAACAACAGCAACAGCAGCAGAAACAGCAGCAACAGCAGCACCAGCAACAGCAAACGCAGCCGCAGCAGCAGCCACAACGGGUCGAGCUCAGCAGCAGCGGCACCACCAGGGACCCUCAGCUGCGUGUCUUUGAGGUUGUCUCUGUCCCUGUGUCUCCUUCGCAAGGAGACAGUUGUCUCCUACGUGUCCUAGAAGGGGAGACCGUGGGCCCCCUCCCUGCAGCGAAAGGGGGCCCCCACUCUCCUCCUCGAAGCACCAGUGGUUCCUUUGCUGGGGGCCCCCAUUGUACACCAAGGCAGCUGCUGUCCUUUGGAGGGGUUCCUGCUUCAGAUAGGAGACAGCAAGAGCAGCAGCAGCAGCAGGAACAGGAAAAGCCGGAGCAGCAGCAGCAGCAGCAAGAAGAGACAGCACGUGUGGGGCCCCCCAGGCUAGGAGCAACAGUCCGCUGUUCUGUCUUCGCAGGCAAGGGUACUCUUGCUGCUGCUGUUGCCUCGUCAGGGGCCCCCGGCUUGCUACAGGUGUAUCAGAGGCCCCUAUGCAGCGGUGGGGGGGCCCCUGCUGCUGCUGCUGCAGAAGCAUUUCUGUCUCUUAAGGUGACUCAGCUGUCCGCAUACCGGACCCACUGGCUGCGCAGCAUUAUGGGCCGUUUUGCCUCUAACAGCAACAGCGGCACCAACCAAUCUCUCUAUGGACUUUCUGGGGAGGCAUUGAGGGUAGGUGGAAAUCUAGUGAUCAAGCAUAACGGGGAGCACUUGGAGAUAAGCGUCCUGCUGCGCCCCCAAAAAAUGGGUCUCGCUGCGCUGGUCUGGUGGAACCAGAUUUUGAAUGACGCUUUUGAGGUGCAGAAACAUCGAUUGGCCGACGAACGCUUCUCUCCUGGAUCCUCUCGACAACUUUACGAGGAGUUUGAAGGGUGUAAAGGCAGGGCAUUUGAUGGCCUUUGUACACUUCUAAAGGGCCGCCCGCAGCUGUCGGCAAUAUCAGCAGUUCGCCGCACUUUUGAGUUGCAAGGGCGUAUUAUUGGACGAUUGUUGGCGAGCCAACUCGACCUUAGCAAAUGCAAGGAACAAGCGGAGUCCGUCUAUAGGGUUGGCGUUGGGGCGCCACAGGAAAUGUGCGAAUACGUGGGAAGCACAGAAUUCCUCCAGGCAGCCCAUGAGCGGUUUUUAGAGGCACGCUAA